AUGACAACUACUUUUUAUUUUGAAGAUAGAAUGGACAACCUUUUCAAUGAACAUGGUGAGAGAGUUUAUGAUCCCAUGGAAGGUGUCUUAACAGAAAAUAUAGACCCAAACAUUGUACUUGAAAUAAUAACUAAGCUGGCUGCAAGAUUUGAUCUAGCUAAUAAACCUGCUGAAAAAAAGAGUGUGGUGAAAGAAGCUAAAACAAGCAAAGAAAGGAUUUUAUUUGAAAAUCCCAAAGAGAAAGGAAAUAUCAUUAAAUUUUCCAAAGAACUCUUGGUGAACCCAUGUACUGCGGAAAGAUGA